AUGACUUCAGAUAAAUUUGCGCUUGAGAUCAUCCAGAGCACUCUCUCAGGCUUGGGGUACUCGGCCACUGCUAAACGUUUGAACGAAGAAAUUGAAGAGAAGCAAGGUUCAACAACCGCCAAUCAAAUCAGCUUGACCCCACCGGAACUGCUGUUUAAGAGUUGGUUAAAGGCUGAGCUCUUUCAGGGGACUCCAUACAAAGAGGCAAUUGAGAAGCUAGAGCACUUUAUAGAGCAUGGCCAGCAUCCCUUGCAAGAGAGCUCGCUGGACGUUGAUGUUGGACUUCCGAACAAGCUAGAAGCCACCGUCAUUUUAUACCUCAUAAGGAGAAUUUUGUUUCUACUGAGCGUAGUUGGGCUUUCUUAUACCCCAUUAUCGCCUUCAUCUCCACAAUUCACUUCUCAGUCGGUACCAAUCGAGUCGCUACUCACCUUCUUGACGUCUGAUCUCUUGCCACUUCUAGAUAAGAUCCAGUCGGUUGCAAACUACCGUCAGGAAUUGUCUGCUUUUCUUUCUCACCAGCUAGUGAAGCUGCUCACAAGAGAAAGAGAGAGCGCUGUAUUGAUGCCCUUGGUGAUUGGCUCACCAAUACACCCGCAGAAGUUUGCGCUGACUGUAUUCAAUUUGAAUACGUUGCUUGCAUCUCCGUUGACGCCAAGAAGAGAUGACAUUAUAGUAUCGCCUACAUAUGAGUCAGAUAUUGGCCUACUUACUGAAGUCUUGGUAUGGGGCUAUCUAGAAGCUUAUCUAUCCAACGACCUGGAGAAAUCCACGAAAACAUCUGUGCAAAACAGUACCACUACUUUGAACAGUUCCCAUAUCCCGCAAGGCUAUUUGAACCUGCUCCUUACGCAAGCCUCAUCCUUCCAAAGAAUUGUUUCUCCGUAUUACCUACCUUCAAGGACUUCACCUGAACUUCCUUCUACCAUCAUUCCGCCUUUCUCUGCCAAUCAAACGUUGAAGAACAACUUUCCCACAUCUCUUAUUCACACAUUAAACACUCACACCAGCGAGAUCUGGUUUGUCAAGUUUUCUCCACUGGGUAAGUAUCUUGUAACUGGAUCUAAAGAUGGCAAGAUGAUCAUAUACGAUGUUACACGACCCAAAUUCCCGAUUCUUGCAAGCUUCAGGGCAGAUGAUCCAACAGACACACAUGCGUUUGUGGGAUCGUACAAACCGACCAGGAGGAAUGAUCCACUUGAGCAACGUGGGGUAAUUUACUGUAGUUGGGAUGAAACUGAAAAUUAUAUAGUCUGCUGUGGUUUAGAUACGAUCGUGAGAGUAUGGGAUGUUUCUGCAAUUAAGAAUAAUAACACAGAAGCUCCAAAAAGGAUCACAAGAUCUAUGGAUUUGGGCGAAGAACCUUCAGGCAUAGAAUUAAUUUCAUGCUUUACACUAGGAGAAAAUAUCAGAGUUAGAAGCUGCCAAUUUAUUCCAAGACAGGUGAAUAACACACGGUGGCCCUUGCUGUUUGUUGUAGGAUCACCCGAUAAGGCGUUAAAGAUGUUCGAUCUCUUUGGUAACGAACACUUUGAUUUCUUUUGCGACACCACUGAUACAGACAACCAAACUGACGAAAUCAAAAUGGAAGAGGAAGAAGUAGAGCAAGUAAUAGAGAAGAAGGGAUCCACCCCUUCGAGGAGAUCGACUUCGACUGGUACCACUACAGCAUCAGCGGGUACCGUUUCUUCUUUAAGCCCUCCCUUAGCCGCAGCUACGCUAGCAUCUGCAGCAGCAGCAUCAUCAUCUCCACCGCCGGCUCCUUCAAAUACCAAUAACGUCAAUAGUGCCAGUAGCACAUCUAAAUUCCUUCAGAGCAGUUUCAACAGAGUGAUUGACUUUGAAAUCACUCCCGACAAAAAGAUUUUAAUCACUGCCAACAAUGAUAGACUGAUCCAUUUCUACACAGUGCCAGACUUGACCAAGGAAGUACUAAAAUCUCUGAAACUCGCUUCAAUAAACUUAAAGGGAAAACUAAGCUCAAUAUCUGUUUCAGCAAAUGGAAAAUACUUCUUGGUGAACGUUUCACAAGAGCUUCAACUCUGGGAUAUUUCUGAGAUUCAAUACUCCGGUAAACCAAUUCUAGUACGUAGGUUUAUCGGCCACAGAGUGGAAGAUGAUGUCAUAAGAGCAGGGUUUGGCUAUUUGAACACAUAUGGAGGUGUGGGAGGUGACAGCGCUUUCGGAGAAGAGUUGGUGCUCAGUGGUAGUGCUGAUGGUUUCAUCUACAUUUGGAAAUUAACCACUGGACAGUUGAUACAGAGAAUUCAAGGUCAUGUUGGUGUCUGUAGCGCUGUUGAUUGGAACAGAUUCUACACUCCUCAGCCUUCAGGUAAGGAUUACGGACAACUUUGGUGUUCUAUAGGAGAUGACCAUUUGGCAAAGAUUUGGGGACCACCAGGUUGGAAAUAA